AAACAUACACUCACGAACAGCGGAUAGACGCAACACAAACGCGGCGCGCGUGCUGCUGCAGACCCGAAGAGCUGUACGCAGCGCAGAGGCGCACCAUGCCUUGUGCGGACGGUGAGCUGUGCCACCAACCAGACAAGACGCCGCAAGCCCCUCAUGGCCACGUCUGUCAUGGAGGAUGUGGCGGGCGGCUCCACGGCAACUGCGGCAGCAUGGUUGGCGACAUCGAAACAACAAGGCGAAUCUGCUGCUCGUGCGUCGCAAGAGCUGGCAAGCGCAAAGAGAUACCAGCUGAUGGCGGUGGCGGUGAGAACACGGGGCGCGAGCGCCGUGCUCCACCGGCUUAUAGUGAGCUGUCACCUCACUUCGGCGUCCUGGAAUCGGCAGCAGAUGAGAGUGGCAAUGGAGACGCGGCGUUCCAUCUGCAGAAAGCAAAAAUGGCGAUGAUCGCAGCGCAUGCCGCUAAGCGGGUGCGCCAGGCAGACAUGAGAGAGUUUGUCGAGACGUAG